CUAGAGAUGGCCACUUCAUCCCACGAAGGAGCAGCUGGAGGAAGCCAGGUGGAGCCCAGAAGCUGCAAGACAUCAAUAGGACAGGGGGAAGGACCAAGCACCGGAGGGGGCCAGGAGGACAAUAUCAAGGGGAACCUGGAAACAUCCACGCUGCGGCUCCUGCUGUUAGGGAAACGUGGCGCAGGCAAAAGCGCCACAGGAAACACCAUUCUGGGUAAAGCCGUGUUCGAGUCCAGGUUCAGUGACCACAUGGUGACCAACCGGUGCCAGAGUGAGAGUGUGACCUUGAGAGAGAAGCGGGUCGUUGUCAUCGACACCCCGGAUCUUUUCUCCUCACUGUCCCGUGCAGAGGUCAGGCAGCAGAACCUGCAGCAGUGCUUGGAGCACUCGGCUGAUGGUCUCCACGCGCUGCUCCUGGUCAUUCCCAUUGGCCACUAUACUGAGGAGGACAGGGAGACCAUUCAGAGCAUCCGUGCUGCGUUUGGCCCUAAAGCCUCCAGUCACAUGAUUGUUGUCUUCACUCGGGAAGAUGAGCUGGGUGAAGACUCGCUGAAGGACUACGUGGAAAGCAAGAGCCCUCUUAAGGAGUUGCUUGGAAACAUUGGAGAUCGAUACUGUGCUCUCAACAACAAGGCAGACAGGAAGCAGCGGGAACAGCAGGCGUCCCGGCUCCUAGAUCUGACUGAGCGGUUGGUGGAGGAAAGCCCAGAGCCAUAUUUCGUGCCCUUGACAAUGGAAGGCUGUGGAGUCCAGGCUUGUGGGAAUAAAGCUACAUAUGAAGGAGGGGACAAUCUGCGUGGUACAAAGAGGAAAGAGUCUCAGCUUACAGGACAUGAUGAGGAUGUGGAGAUGCCGGAACUGAGGGUCCUCCUCAUGGGGAAGCACGGUGUUGGGAAAAGUGCGGCAGGAAACAUCAUUCUGGGGAAGUGGCCCUUUAAGACUCAGUUCAGUGAGCAGCAGGUCACCAAGGACUUUGUCUCCCAUAGCAGGAUCUGGAACAGGAAGAAAUUUCUGGUCAUUGAUUCUCCAGAGAUCUCAUCGUGGAAGCCUGAUGCAGCUGAUGUCAAGAAACUCACCUUUCCAGGUCCCCAUGCCUUCCUGCUGGUGACACCACUGAGCUCUUUGAUAAAGUGUGACGACAAGAUGUUCAACCCCAUCAGACAUAUUUUUGGAGAAAAAUUCACCAAGUUCACAAUUAUUCUCUUUACCAGGAAAGAAGAUUUAGAGGAUCAGGCUCUAGAUGAAUUUAUAAGUAAAAAUAGUCAUCUACGGGACCUCAGCUUGAAAUUUGGAGAAAGAUACACUGCUUUCAACUACCGGGCAACUGUGGAGGAGGAGCAGAGCCAGGUGGACAAACUCCUGAGCCAAGUCGAGAGCUUGGUGCAGCGCAAUGGCAACAAGCCUUGCAUCUUCAGAGAGAAAGAACUCUUAAACAUCAUCCUCUUAGGAAGGAGUGGUACUGGGAAGAGUGCAACUGGGAACACUAUUUUGGGGAGAUCUGCCUUCCUGUCUCAACUUGGAGCUCAGCCCAUCACCAGUAGGAGCCAGAGCGACAGGACGACCGUGGACUGGCAGGAUAUUGUGGUGGUGGACACUCCAUCAUUCAGCCAGCUGCCUGAUCUUCAAAAAGAUCCUUCCAGGUUAAAGGAGGAGGUCAAUUACUGUUUAUCUCUCUGUGAGGAAGGAAUGAAGGUUUUUGUCCUGGUACUCCAGCUGGGGCGGUUCACCCAGGAAGAUGAGGCAGUGGUGGAACAACUGGAGGUCAUUUUUAAAGAAAAAGAUAUGAGAGAUAUGAUUGUGUUGUUUACACGGAAGGAGGAUCUAGGGGAUGGAGACCUUCAUGACUAUACUAGUAACACAAAGAACAAAGCCCUUAAAAGAAUACUUAAGAAGUAUAAAGGGCGAGUUUGUGCUUUUAAUAACAAAGAAACCGGUCAAGACCGGGAGACCCAGGUGAAAGAUCUGCUGGCAAUAGCCAAUAGUCUCAGGGAUGACCAUUCCGAUUCGUGGGUGCAUGUUGGCCAUCAAAUUAAAACAAAAAUUACUAGUGUGUUUAAAUAAUGAGCUCAAGUGAGCAAUCAAAAGGUCCAGGACAUAGGGAUGCCAUCAGACAGAGGUGGGUGGGAUAAGGGAUGGCGGGACUGGUGGGAUGGUUCCCCUCAAAGAAAGUCCAUGACUUUAAAGACUGAAGGAUAAAUGCAUCUCAUGUUGGAUAUAGGUGUUUGGAUGAAUAAAUUGUCAAGUAAGGUCAAGCAGUGGGGAAUUAGAGGACAAAGAGAAUAAGGUAGAAAAUAUUGGAAAUGUUUUGAAUAUCAAGAUAAUAUUAAGGGUCAAAACCAUGUUGCCAGGUCAGACAGAGUCAGGAUUGACAUCAUGACCAAGGCUCAGGUCAAUGUUGAGCCCCAAUAAGAUAGUACCUCAAGAACCAGGGGAUCCAGACAGAUACAGACAUGCACACACAUGCAUGCACACAUACACACACACACAGACAAGGCCAGCAUUCUUGGGCAUGGCAGAAAGUGGAUAUGAACAUCAACAUUACAACUUCAUUCUGUCUUUGUGCCCUGCUUCACUACUAGUGUGAAAUUUAUUUCCUGGUGUUUUGUGCAUGGCUGAGAAGAUCUACUGGAAGUGCUUGAGGUGGACCAUAUGUGAGAUGAACAAUAUGAAACCAUCUCCAAAGUGUAUUAACGAUCAGGCAUUUUAAAUAUCCGCUACUUUCAUAUGUACCUUGAGGAUAAGAUAAAAAACAUAUGUGUUUAGUUAGCUUCAAGAUUAACCUAUUGGUAGGAUAAUGAAGUCUCAGAAUUGAUAUGUUUUUGUUAUUAUACUUUAUCUUAGGCAAAAGGUCAAGAAGUGAUUCUGCUAUAAUUGAAUGCCACAUCCGUCUUAACACAGUAAUUUGUAGAAAGUGCUUGUAUAAGUAUAUCACAUUGGAUGAGAUAAUAAAGAUGAAUUGGAUUGUGACUUCA